UUUACCAAUGAUACUGCGUCCUACUGACUUAUUGCGUCCGUAUACCGGACGCAAGAUUGAUCUUUAUGCUACAGACUCCUUAUUGUUAGUAUAACGUUUUACCAAAAAAUUGGCAUGGACGCUAUUUGGUCACCUUAUUGUAAUUCGGCGUAUUUUUUAGUUCCGCGGUUUGUCGCACAACAUUUGGAGGGCGAUACUGUGCGCCGUAUAUCGGCGCAUCGUAUAUACAACUUUUUUCCAUAUAUUACUCCGCGAAUGCCACUACCGUAUAUUAUAAUUUUCAAGUUUUUAUCUGUCUAAAUUCAUUAUUUAAUUGCUUCCGUUAGUAAAGCGUAUAUGGGAACGUAUGACAAGGAGUAGAGACGGAGGGGGAGGGGGUAGCUGUCUUAAUUCGCGCGUUGUAAUGUUUAUUUAUUUAAGAGCGGUGUGGCAUAUGGUCAUUUAGCGUCCUUUAUGAGAGGACGCUGCAAAGGUUAUAUACGUGAGUUUAGUGAAUAUCAGGAGUGAAUAUUGGAAACGAAAAUGAAAAGGAGUAUGAGAAUUUUACAAUUAUUGAAAGAUUCCUGUCAAAAAACUGAAACAUCAGUGAAUUUAUCAUCAGAUUCAACAAAUAAUGAGGAAAUGUCUGACUCAAGUAAUUACAAUUCGGGAACAGAUUCCAACUACACUCCGUCAGCACAUGACACUAGCUCUGAUGAAUCAUUCCUACAAGAGAACAUGAACUGUCCCGUCAUAUUAGAAAGAAACAUCCAAGAAUCAACAAAAGACGUAGAUAGUACUAGUCGUCAUAUUAGUAAUAAAAAUAAUAUUUCUUGCGGCGAAAUAAUUUCCAUUGAGAGCUCUUCAUGCAAUAAAAAUUAUCCUUCGAAACAAGAUGUAGUUAUACACCUUAAUAAUAAUGUUCUUGGAGACAGUAAUAAAAAUGAGAUAGUAAUACCUAAUAUGAAAAUCCCUCAAAAAAAAAGUAAUCCGUAAUAAAGACUUUUGUUUUUACUGCGAAACUUUAGUUCUAAAUUUUGCGAGACAUUUACUAAGAAACCAUGCUCUUGAAACAGAAGUACAAAAAAUAUUAUCAGUACCUAAAAAAAGUAUAACAAGAAAAAAAAACUUAUUACGGAACUAAGAAAAAAAGGAAAUUUUAUACAAAAUUCUGUCGAAGUGACGAAGCCCAUGAGAAAACAUAAAUAUACUAAUUAUUUACCUUGCACUAAUUGCUUAGGAUUUUAUUCAAGAAAUCUUUUAUGGAAACAUAAUAAGAAGUGCACUGGAAAAAAUACUAAAAAUGUGCAAUCAGAAGCACAAAAUUUGUUAAUAAAACAUUUGAAAAUCGAUGAAAAACUUAAAGAAACCGUAUUCCCCAGAAUGAGACCUGAUAAGAUAUCGUUUGUUGCUAAAUCAGAUUUGCUCAUUUGUGCAUUUGGGUCACAAUAUAUGAAAAAUCAUAGAGAAAUGCAUUUUGUGAAUGUAAUUUCUAGAAAAAUGAGAGAACUAGCUAAAUUGUUAAUUGAAAUAAGAAAAAAAGAUCAAUCGGUGAAAGAUUUAUUAGGUGCACUUAAUCCGAAAUAUUAUGAUCUUAUAGUGUCAGCUACAAAGGUUGUAGGUAAAUAUGACUCGGAAAAAGAUAGAUUUGAUUCGCCUACAUUUGCAAUGAAUAUUUCUACUAGCAUAAAGCAGUGCUGCAAUAUAGCAUUUAUGCUUGCAUUAAAAAAACAAGGGCCAUACAUGGAAGUAAACACUGCUGAAAUAGAAGCGGGCCUCAAAACUUUGAUACACCUUAUAGAUUCUAAUUGGAAAUAUGAUGUUUCAAGUCAGGCUGCGUCCGAUCUAAACAAAAAAAAGUGGAAUAAAGUUACCAUAAUACCUUUAGCAAAUGAUUUAAAAAUUUAAAAAAAAAUUC